AUGUUCCAACUACCACCUUCACUGCCACCGCCACCUCCGGCGGAGCCACACGCCCCUGACCGUGGUAGCGUUGAACCCGAAAUUAAGCCGAAUCUCCUUCAUUACAUGAACGACAACGAGUUGUUCUCUAGGGCUUUAACGGCUACUAGCAAUAGAAGAUCGCCACAAAAACAUGUGCCUAAAGUAGCUUUCAUGUUCUUGUCAAAGGGACCAAUGCCUUUGGCUCCUCUUUGGGAAAUGUUCUUCAAAGGUCAUGAAGGGCUCUAUACCAUUUAUGUCCACUCACAUCCCUCCUACGUUGAUUCAACUCCAGAGAACUCUGUUUUCUAUAAAAGAAGAAUCCCAAGCGAGCCAGUGGAAUGGGGAACGUCGACGAUGGUCGACGCAGAAAGACGGCUCUUAGCAAACGCCCUCCUCGAUGAUUCCUCCAACGAGCGAUUCGUAUUACUCUCCGAAACAUGCAUCCCUUUGCUCAACUUGACAACAACAUACAGUUACCUCACAAACGCCCACGAAAGCUUCACAGCUUCCCACGACGACCCGAGAAAGUCCGGUCGUGGCCGAUACAAUCCCGAAAUGUCUCCGACAAUUUCGAUAUCGGAAUGGCGAAAGGGCUCACAAUGGUUUGAGGUCAGCCGGAAGAUUGCCCUAGAGAUUAUAUCAGACACCAAAUACUAUCCCAUAUUCUUGGAACAUUGUCGCCCUCCUUGUUAUAUGGAUGAACAUUAUAUCCCGACUUUGAUAAACAUUAUUUGCCCAAAAGAGAACUCCAAUAGGACUAUUACUUGGGUUGAUUGGUCCAAAAGCGGUCCACAUCCUGGGAGGUUUGGAAGCAAUGAUGUUUCGGAAGAGUUUCUGAAUCAGAUAAGGUUUGGUAGUAACUGCACUUAUAAUGGAAAUACUACAACUUUGUGCUUUCUUUUUGCUAGGAAGUUUCUGCCAAACACUUUGCAACCUUUGUUGCAGUUUGCACCCUUGUUGCUAAAUACUUCUGUACAAGUUUGA